AGGUGAGGAACAGAUGAGGAGCAGCAGGAGCAGUGUAGGUGAACUACAACCCAGUCCAACUUUGAUUUUCAACUAGUUAACUGUGUUUUGAAGUAAAUUGAUGGUCGUGAUGGGUGAGGCUCCAGUCAAAGAGGAAGGUGCAGUGACUCGAUCAGCAGAGUAUGUGGGUUCGAUUCCCGUGGACGACUGCUGUUUGGAUGACCAGAUCAAACGGCUGCACACAAACCUGAAGACCCUGAAAGCAUGCAAGAGGAGGAGGCCGGUGUCUUUAAAGUUCUCCCUGAAAGGUGUGAAGAUGUACGAUGAGGAUGAAACGACUCUGCUGAUGGCUCACGCUUUGCGAAGGGUCUCGCUGUCCACCGCCCGCCCUGUCGAUGCCCAGUUUGCCUUUGUUGCCCAUAACCCGGGCAGCACGGACGUCCAGCUCUACUGUCACGUUUUUAAAGCAAGACACGCCAGAGCGGCUCAGUUCCUGAACCUGCUGCUGUGCCGCUGUUUCCAGUUGUCCUACUUGGAGAAGCACCCAGAAGAAGCACAAGAAGAGGAGCCCGUUGGCUCUUUGCUUCAGCGAAACCACUCACUGCUCAACCAUGGCUUCCCUCUAAGCGUCAGUGCUCUGGUUUCCUUUAGAAGAGCUCCUUUUCGAGGAUUUUUGCAUUUCUCAAAGAAAACUAAGAAUUCUUCCAACUGUCUGCAAACCAACCAAGAUGAAGUAUUUUCGACCUCCUCGCCCUCUCUGAUGCGUAAGAAAGUCAUCCGCACCAAAGGACUGCGUUCUGGUGCUUACCGCUCCUUUACUUCCACGCCGCUCAAACAGCACAGUCUUCAGGAGCGACUGAGUGAGUCACAAGGAAAAAAUCAAGGCGACGUGACAGUGCGGAGAUCCAGGAUUCCAAGUUUAGCGGAGACGGAGGAAGCGCUGGCUCAAGCUGUGUGGUGCUGGGCUGGCGUCGCAACUGACAGCUGCUGCUCCCUCCUUGCAGAUGACGUCCUGGGAUCCUAUCUUCUCUGCCCACAUCCUAAAAAGUCCAACUGUGGAUCUCUCAUCAUCCGCUUGUCUUCCGGCCUGAUCACCUACCUCAUAGAAAACACUCGAAAAGGAAAGUUUUUGCUGCAGAAAUGCAAGACAGAAUUUACUACUGUCGGUGAGCUGAUUGAAUAUUACUCCCAGACGCUGGAUGAGCUGCCGUGUCUGCUGAGCUGUGCCCGGGUCAACCACUGCUAUGAGUGGGAGGAACACGCCAACACUCCGCAGGCCCCAAAGAUGCACAAGAACUCGCACAAAGCCAAAACUUAAAGUACUUCCAGAAACAAACGGGUGUUAGCCCCUUUCACAGGGACAUGUGGAUUACCAGUUUCAAAAUGAGUGACUCAUUCAUUUCUUUUGCACAUUUAUUAUUUUGUUUUGUGUUUUACUUUAAAAUCACAUUGUGUUACGGGGGCGAUUCACUUACUGCAUUUAUCAGUGUUGGCACUUGUAUAUAGUAUGUACAUGUAUAUAGUUCCACUAACAAGUACAUUUAGCUUGUUUGUCAGACAGACCA